ACUCUCAUUCAAAGCCCCCAAAAAAAAAAAAAAAAAUUCUGUCCGUCUGUCUGUCUGUCCGGCUCCUCCCUCUCCUUCCCUGCGUGGCUCAACCCUCUCUUUUCCAACCAUUUUUAAUUUUAUUUAUUUUAUAAAAAUAAAUUAGGAAAAAAACAAACAAGACCAAGUUUUGUGUUACCAAAAUCGAAGCCAUUCCUCGCACGCUGACCUAAAAAAAAACCCCAAAAUCAUAUAUUUUUAUUUUUAUUCCUCAAUUUCUCACCAAAGGCUCGUCUCUUUCAUCUUCCUCCAAGCUCCAGCUCCAAGGGUCCACCUUCCUCUUCCUCCUCUGCUCCUCAAACCUCAGAACCAGGGUUGGUCGGUGGUUAAAAUGAGCCGACCAAGUACACGCAGUAAAAAUAAAAGAAAUAGACAAGGGGAUAAUGUUGACACCACUUCUGAAAUAUUGAGGAAAAUACAUGCAACAGGUGAAGUAACAAAUGAGGAUAUAAAUACGCUAUAUAAAAUUUCAAAGCCAGUUUGUCAAGGUUGCCGUGUGAAUACUAAAGAUAACCCAAAUUGCUUUUGUGGGCUAAUUCCACCUCCUAAUGGAAGUCGGAAAUCUGGCCUAUGGCAGAAGACAUCAGAGAUUAUGCAAAAUCUUGGCCCAGACCCUUCUCAGGAUCUUCGUCCUUCUGCUGAUUCUCCUGCAGGCCUCACAAAUCUUGGUGCAACAUGUUAUGCUAACAGCAUACUUCAAUGUUUGUACAUGAAUAAAUCCUUCCGUGAAGGUAUCUUCUUGGUUGAACCUGAGGUUUUGGAACGACAGCCAGUGUUGAAUCAACUUUCUCGGCUUUUUGCACAGUUGCAUGCUAGUAAAAUGGCUUUCAUAGACUCAUCUCCAUUUGUAAAAACGCUGGAGUUAGAUAAUGGAGUUCAACAGGACAGUCAUGAGUUUCUAACGUUACUUCUUUCUUUACUUGAACGUUGUCUGAGCACCUCUAAAGUUACAAAGGCAAAAUCUAUUGUUCAAGAUCUUUUUCGUGGAAGUGUAUCACACGUUACCAGGUGCUCACAAUGUGGAAAGGACUCUGAAGCUUCUUCCAACAUGGAGGAUUUCUAUGAGCUGGAGUUGAAUGUGAAGGGUUUGAAAAGUUUGGAUGAGAGUUUAGAUGAUUAUCUUAGCGUUGAAGAGCUUCAUGGAGAGAAUCAAUAUUUUUGUGAGUCGUGUAAAACAAGAGUUGAUGCUACCCGAAGCAUCAAGUUGCGGACAUUGCCUGAUGUUCUGAAUUUUCAGCUUAAGCGUUGUGUUUUCCUUCCAAAGACGACAACAAAGAAGAAAAUUACUUCUGCAUUUGUUUUUCCUGGAGUACUUGAUAUGAGGCAGAGGCUAUCUGAGCCUUCUCAGCUUGAAUCAAUAUAUGACUUGUCAGCCGUGCUGAUUCACAAGGGGACUGCAGUUAACAGUGGCCACUAUGUAGCGCAUAUCAAGGAUGAGAAGGCAGGACAAUGGUGGGAAUUUGAUGAUGAGCAUGUUUCAAAUUUAGGUUCUCACCCAUUUGGAGAAGGCACUUCAGGUUCCAAUACCAAGCCUGUUAAUGUUAAACCUGAAUCAGUUCAUCCAUCUCGCACAGGACAAAUUAAUGCUGUUUCGAAUGGUGAUAUUGUGGAUGUCAGUCAUCAACAACCUACGGAAUCUAUUUCUGGUCAUGUGGAGACGUUUUCAUCUAGUGAUGCAUAUAUGCUGAUGUAUAAUCUCAGGCGUUGCCGAAAGGAUGAUGAGAAAGUGAAUGUAGAGUUUAAUGCCAAUGAUAGGAAGAUAGAAGGUGAUAUUGUUUGUAGUUCUCUUCCAUCUCAUCUUUGUGAAGAGAUUAAAAACUUUAAUGCGUCAUAUCUUGAUGCUUGCCAAAAAUACAAAUUUAAAAAAGAAGAAGAGAUGAAUCAUAUCACAGAGCGGAGACAGGAAGUGCGUUCAAUUUUGUCUGAAGCGCCUGUUCGAUCUUUGGAGGAAUCCUUUUUCUGGAUUUCAACAGACUGGCUCCGUCAGUGGGCUGAUAACAUGAUUUCACCUGUUCUUGACAACACAUCCAUCCUAUGUUCACAUGAAAAAGUUCCAGCAUCAAAGGUUGGCUCCAUAAAGCGGUUGUCAGCUAAAGCAUGGACCAAGUUGUUCUCUAAGUAUAAAGGGGGCCCAAUACUGGCCUCUGAUGCCUACUGCCUGGUUUGCCUUACUGAGGGGGCUCGAAAUGUAGUAUGUGCUGACAGCUAUAGGGAUAGGAGAAUACUCAUGAAGCAAGUUGCUGAGGAUGCACUUGCAGGGAGGUGUUCAGAUGGAGAAUAUUUUGUUUCUAAAGCAUGGUUACAACAGUGGCUUAAAAGAAAAAUUCUUGAUGCUCCAUCAGAAGCUGAUGCAGGACCAACAGCUUCAAUUAGGUGUCCUCAUGGGCAACUUAUGCCUGACCAAGCCACUGGUGCUAAGAGAUUGCUUGUUCCCGAGAAUCUCUGGCUCUUCCUUUAUGAAGAUGCUUUUGCAGUAAAGCCUGAUGAUCACUUGGGUUGUUCAACGUUUCCUUUAGACUCUGCACAGUGUUCCCAAUGCAGUGAUGAACUAUCUGAAGUUGCAUGCAUGGAGGAUUCUUUGAGAGUGGUGAGGCUCAAACAGCGCCAGACUCAUGAGAAAUUACUUACAGGGAAAACUGUGUCACUUUCUCUGGAUUGCAAGUAUUACUUGAUACCCUCUUCUUGGCUUUCGAAGUGGAAAAACUACAUUACUGCAAGUGGCAAGAAUGUUUCCUCAGUGGAGAAACCUGAAACAUUAGAGGGCAUCAUGGAUUUGCUGAAGUGUGAAAAGCAUUCACGACUUCUAGAAAGGCCUGUUGAUCUGGUCUCUAAACGUGGCUUAAUUUCCCAGAAGUCUCCCCCUGUGGAUGGGUUAAUAAUCAUUCCUGAGAGUGACUGGAAAUCCUUUUGUGAGGAAUGGGGUGGUGUCCAGGAGAAGGGCAUAUCUGCUGAAAUUGAGUUAAGUAAAACUGAAGGAAAUAAUUUGGCAGGGUCCUGCGAAGAGAUGCCAAUGUGUGAGGAGGAUCUGAGUACUCCAAAUCCAGUAAAUGGUGAAGUUGAGUCUAGACAACUCCUGAUUAGGACUUGUCCUGAGAUAUGUGAGGAUUGCAUUGGAGAAAGAGAAAGCAGGGAACUAAUGCGGAAGCUUGACUACUGCAAUGAGGACAUAUAUGUGUACUUUAUACAUGGCAAGGAAGCUCCAAAAUCCAUUCUAAAACCAUCUGAAACAAAUUUUGAUCCAGAUCGCCGAGUUUCCAAGCGCUCUCGGAAGACAAAGACUGGGGAUCAGAUAAGCUUGAAAGUCUCUGGUUCCACAACCAUAUACCAGUUAAAAAUGAUGAUAUGGGAAUCUUUUGGGGUUGUUAAGGAAAACCAGGUACUUCACAAAGGUACUCGGAUAAUUGAUGAUGAAGUUGCUACUCUUGCGGACGUGAAUAUAUUCCCUGGGGAUAAGCUUUGGGUGAACGAUUCAGAAAUCCAUGAGAACCGAGAUAUUGCUGAUGAGCUAUCUGACCAGAAAAUGGAUGUGCAACACACUGAAGAGGGGUUUCGUGGGACGCUUUUGACAGCAAAUGUUUCAUCGCAAGUUGUAUAAGAUGCUUGCUUUUGCUAUUUAAUAUUUGAAUGUAAUAUGCAUGUUUUUGUAGAUAUUGAUAGAGGGGAGGUGACUUGAAUAUUUUUAAACUUCAACCUGCAUUCUGAAGACCUGCAUUUUUGAGAAGCAGUUGAACCUAGUAAUUGUGGGCUUCCUGAAGGCUGGUCCCGUGUGUAAUGUAGGUUACCCUGUCCCUUGCCUUUGAAGACAUUUUGCCAUAUGCUGCCAUGCUCGCUGGCACAUCGGAAAAGGAAAUGUGAUGCGUGCCGUGUCCUGGUCGAAUGUUUUGGUUCUAACCAGGUGGUCAUUUUUCUGUUCAUAAGGAUGUUACCGUGCCUGUUAUAUAUGCCAAACAAUGUUAAGUAUCAUGGCAUGUGUUGUCUUGAAUGUAGAUUUGUCAAAAUUGUUUUGAGUGUGAUGUUUUCUCACAUAGCUAAUAGCUUCUGCGGCUAGUCAUUGUACAAGUAGGUUUUGUGAAGUGUUAAUAAAGCGAGUUUCAUGUGUUA